AUGGGUGCUACUGAUAUGUCCUCCUCUCCUGUCUCUCUUGAACAGCUUCAAGAUCUUAUGCCUUUCGAUGAGUGUAUAAGCAGCAACCAUGCAGCGUUCCUAAAAGGAAGAAGUCUAGGAGAAAACGUGCUACUCUCGUCUGAGCUCAUAAGAGAUUACACAAAGUCUACGUGUCAAAGGAGCUCAAUGCUUAAAGUUGAUAUAAGGAAGGCAUUCGACACGGUUUGCUGGGAUUUUGUGAUGAAAGUGAUGGAAGCCCAGAAUUUUCCUCCUUUGUUCAGAACUUGGGUUAAAGAGUGUAUCACUUCACCUCGAUACUCGAUGUCUAUAAAUGGAGAGCUUGUGAGUUUUUUCAGGGGAAAAAAGGGCCUACGACAAGGUGAUGGUAUCUCUCCGUACUUGUUCAUUAUGGUGAUGGAAGUCCUAUCAAAAAUCUUAGAAAAGGCGGUUGAAGAUGGCAAAAUCAGACACUCCUUGACGGGUAUUUCUUCGGUAAUGGAUGACUUCAAGAGGAUAAGUGGUCUUGAAAUGAAUCCUGCCAAAUCAGAAAUAUUUUUUGGUGGUUAUGCUGAUAUCGAAGCAUCAGUACUAAGUGAUCUAUCUGGAUUCAAGCUUGGUACAUUCCCAACAAGGCAUCUGGGUCUCCCACUGAAACCAGGACUCCGCCUGUCUCUUGCAACUCUGCAGCCUCUCAUUGACAAAAUUAUCGGAAAGAUCAGGCUUAUAGCAUCUCAAAUCUAUGGACUUGUUAACUUCUGGAGUGCGGUUUUUGUUCUCCCUAAAGCCUUCUAUGCAAAGAUUGAUUCUAUAUGUGUUGGCUUUCUAUGGAGGAAUAAUACGGAAUCAGCAAGAGGGUCUCGUGUUGCUUGGAAUGAUAUAUGCAAACCCAAGAGUGAGGGGGGUCUUGGUAUCAGAUUGUUGGAGGAUUUUGAAACUGUUUUCAGGCUGAAACGAGAAUCAGGUCAUCAGUCUGCAACAAUUCGAAGUAUGCUCCAAUUAAGACCAGUUUUAAAAGAGUAUAUGUACUGCAAUAUUGGAAAUGGAGAGAAUGCUGCUUUCUGGUUCGAUAAUUGGACCAUUAUUGGACCGUUACUUGAAUUUGCAGGACAAGGAGGCCCGAGAGCAAUGAGAGUUAAAAAGGAAGCUAAAGUAAUUGAUGCCACACGUCAAGGGUCCUGGUUUUUGCCUCCGGCUCGUUCGGAUCAACAUCAUAUGAUUCAGGCUGAGAUAACUACCAUACAACCGCCAAAUGCUUCUCAUGGCUCAGAUCAAUUUCUUUGGCGUAAAUCAGAUGGGACUUUUGGUCCGGUUUUCUCUUCUAAGGUCACGUGGGAGUACCUCCGUUAUAUCCCUAGGAACUCAUUUAUGGCUUUGUUAGCUCUAUUAAGGAGGAUGCCAACAAGAGAUAGGCUACGUCGUUGGGGUAUGGACGUACCUUCAGUCUGUGUACUCUGUUCUACCAGCAGUGAAACACAUCACCAUCUUUUCUUUGAGUGUGAAUAUUCUUCUACUCUAUGGCAAGCUUUUGCGUCUCAAAUCUGGACCAACCCGCCUAAUGAUUUGCAUUCAGCAGCAUCAUGGAUUCUCCAACUGUCUCGGCAGUCUAAUGCCAAUGUCAUCCGCUUAAUCAAGCAUAUAUUUCAGGCCUCUAUCUACCUGUUAUGGAAAGAGAGGAAUGCUCGUAUCUUCACAGCGGUCUCUACUACACCACGCAUCAUCCAUCACGCCCUUGACCGGCUUCUUCGGGAUCGCCUUCUCUCUAUCAAGGCUGCUCCUCCACCUGCUCAAUCACCCCUCCAAUUCUAUCUCUCCAUCUACCGGCCUCCUUGA